AUGUAGUUACGCAAUUACAAGUAGCACAAGCUAAUGUUACGUUUUGGCCGUUUGAGAAUCAUUGCUGUCUCUCUCCGUCGGUGUUUAAAAAUGUAAGAUAAAUCAACCUUGAGACAGUCGCGCUUUCCGUCACUUAUUGUCACAGAAACUUCAAUGUAAGUUCAAAAGAGAAGAAAAAAAAGGGGAAACGGCUAAUUUUGCUAACAGACAUUUUCAUGCGCGUUUUCGUUUUACCAUCGCCGUGCUCGCUUUGUCGUUGAAUGGACAUGUAGCUAAAGUAUUUUUGUUUCUCAUUAUUUUUUGUUAAAUAUAACGACUUUUCCAGACUAAUACCUGCUCACUGACAGAGCAGAGCACUCGCAGCCUGUAGGCCUUCGUCUGUUUAUUUUUUUUCGUUUGAAACAGGCUCUUCAGUUUGCGAACAGACAAGAGGACCCCACGAUAAGAUUAACGAUAAGAGUUUUCUUUCUUCUUUUUUUUAAACUGUAGCGUUAUAAUGAGUUUCUUUAGUUUUGGUCAAAGUGCAGAAAUUGAUGUAGUCCUCAGUGACGCUGAAACGAGGAAGAAGGCUGAACACAAGAGCGAAGAUGGAAAGAAAGACAAAUACUUUCUUUUCUACGACGGCGAGACGGUCAGUGGGAAGGUGAAUGUCACUCUGAAGAACCCAGGCAAGAGGCUGGAGCACCACGGCAUCAAAAUAGAGUUUGUCGGCCAAAUAGAGCUGUAUUAUGACCGAGGAAACCACCAUGAAUUUGUUUCUCUGGUGAAGGACCUUGCGAGACCUGGUGAAAUAACCCAAUCCCAGACCUACGACUUCGAGUUCACCCAUGUUGAGAAACCCUACGAGUCCUACACGGGCCAGAACGUCAAGCUAAGGUAUUUCCUUCGUGCCACGGUGAUAAGGAGACUAAAUGACAUUACUAAAGAGAUGGACAUCGUGGUCCACACGCUGAGCACCUACCCUGAACUCAACUCCUCCAUCAAGAUGGAAGUUGGCAUCGAGGACUGCCUCCACAUUGAGUUUGAGUAUAAUAAAUCCAAGUACCAUUUGAAGGACGUAAUUGUGGGAAAAAUCUACUUCCUGCUGGUGAGGAUUAAAAUCAAGCACAUGGAGAUCGACAUCAUCAAGCGUGAGACGACGGGCACCGGUCCGAGUGUCUACCACGAAAACGACACCAUCGCGAAGUACGAGAUCAUGGACGGAGCGCCGGUCAGAGGCGAGUCCAUUCCCAUCCGGUUGUUUCUGGCCGGUUACGAUCUGACUCCCACCAUGAGAGAAAUCAACAAGAAGUUCUCUGUGCGCUACUACCUGAACCUGGUGCUGAUCGACGAGGAGGAGAGGCGCUACUUCAAACAGCAGGAAAUCACACUGUGGAGGAAAGGAGACGUGGUGAGGAAGAGCAUGUCCCACCAGGCCGCCAUCGCCUCGCAGCGGUUCGAGGGUUCGGCUGCUUCAGAGAGCGCCCUGGAACAGGCGGCGAAGGAGGAGAGCGGGUAGAGCCGCCCUCCCUCUCCCCUCCGCUCGCCAGCGUCUGCUCGGCACGCGGGCUCACCUGUCAGCUGCGCAAACACCUGGCGAGGCAGCUGUCGUUCGUAGCCGCCGCUGGUAAAAUGGAGGAAGAAGGGAAACAAACGCGCGCACUAAAAACCGAGCAAACUGAAACAGAUUGCAUGAGGCGUUCAGAGCGGCUCCGGGCUGCUGCUCCUGUCCUCCCUCAUCAUUUUAUUUUCUGUACAGGAACUAAUCCGAUCACCUGUCGCAGCGUCUGCUGAUUGAAUCACGUGAAGUUCGUACUUUUUUGUUUGUUUGUUUCAUUCUAAUUCUUUGGGCGUGAAUUUAUUUUCCGGUCCUUUUUAUUAUUUUUUUGGCAUUCCACACUUAUUAAACACAUUCCCAUCACUGUUAAAGUCAAAAAUUAGCAUCAACUUUGCACUGCUUGAACAUUUGUUUCCUCUUUGUGUCUUUACACAAAAAAAAGAGAACGUUUGAAGUAAAAACUGGAAUCUCUUGUUCCUGUUUGGGCCAGAGAGCUGAAGUAUUAUCACCCACGUUUUUAAAACUAAACCGUGUAAAUAAGACCAGUCCAACUUGUUCUGUUCCAGCUUGUAUAGGAUGACUAUCCAGUCCUCGUGCUUCGCCUCAGCAUUCCAGCGGCAUUCAGAGAGGAUGUCGGUGUUUGUGUUAAGAUCUAACCGUGCGGAUGCAGUCGUCUUUCUUCUUUAGACUUGACAGUUGUGCCUACGUGUAUUAAUUAAUGAAGAUCUUCCUGCCUCUAACAUGAUUUUAGUCUUUUAACCAGAGAAAAAUGAAAGUAGAAUUAUCUAUCUUUUGCAAAAUGCUUAUCGAUUUAUUCCUUGUUC